AUGAGCUUUUUAAGGCGACUGAUUCCACGUUCGAAAGUUGAUGUUAAAGACAAAUUUGUUUUAAUUACGGGUUGCGAUUCCGGUUUCGGUCAAGAGACAGCCGUUCGACUGGAUAAGAUGGGGGCUUGUGUGUUGGCGACUUGUUUAACGAAAGAAGGUGAACAAAGUUUGAAAUCUGUGGCGAGCGAUAGAUUGAAAACUUUCCAGAUGGAUGUGACUAGUUCGCAACAAAUUAAGGAGGUCUACGAAGAAGUUGAAAGAUAUAUUCCUUAUAACACAGGUAAGCUUGCUCUUCAAACCAAUGUACCAGUUUAAUGCGGUUGAAGGCCCGGGAAGUGUUCGUGAAAACCAAGUACUAAUAAGAUAAAAUCACUAAAUUUCCUUAAAAAUUAUUUAUUUCGAUCACAGUUGUGAAAUGAAGGACUUCUCGUGUUUUCAUGGAUGUGCCACGGCAUAAAGAGUUGCAAAUUGAUGCAAAUAUAUACAUCAGAUGGAUGAAUUCGACCGUGAAAAACAAAUGUUUGAAUGCUUUAAGCGACGUAAAAUAUGAUUAUCGCGCGUUUGUAUUCCUAGAAUCCCUGCAUCACGUCCCGUUAAUUUACUCUAUUAAUAAAUCUUAGCAGAAUUAAAAAGGUGAAAAGAUACAUUUACUUAAAAUGAUCAGUAUCUUGAAUGUACCAACUACCACUAUCAAAUGAUAUUUAUGAAGAGCACGAAUCCAACAUUACACGUAACGCUGGGCGCUUGAUUGAUCGAAGUUUAAUUAGAAAAUUAUCACCGAUUGCUCACGCUUGAUGUAAAUUUCCUAAAUCCAUAGAUAUAAGCGAGAAUUGACGAAUAAAAUGAGCCACAUCGUAGUAUAAAGUGAUUCUAAUAAUCCAUUCGUGUGCUCAGCGAAAUAGCGUGACGCGACCGGAUAUUUGAUACGAUUCUUGUGACGUAGAAAAACAGGCGACGCGUGACAAAAAAUUGAAAGCUGGGGUGUGGAGAGGGGGGUGCACUGCAGGACAACUAAAUCCGAGUUGUAAAUUAAGUUACACGUAAAUUUCCUUACCAAGCUGAACAUUUACUCAGUGUUGUUUCAGACAAUUUCACCAUGAUAAAAAUUUCAAUCUCAUUUCCACCUUUUUUGCACAAGAGUGUGUGAAAAUGGUAAUGUAUCCCCACUAAUUGGUAAUGUAUCCCCACUAAUUUUUCUUCUUAGAGGGCUGAGAUAAUAAUGUUUGUUUGUUGGACCUGCGCAAAGUAGUGCUGAAUUAAAAGAGUCACCAAACGGUUUCUGUAUUAUCUUUCUUGUUUCUCUAUCGCUAGGAUUGUGGGGCCUCGUAAAUAAUGCUGGAAUCGCCUAUCUGGGUCCCAUCGAAUGGACACCGCUGGAACAUUUUAAACGCACCGCCGAUGUUAAUCUUUGGGGGACGAUUGACGUCACUAAAACUUUUCUACCGCUGGUAAAAAGAGCCCAGGGACGAGUUGUAAAUUUCUCAAGCGUUCUCGGUAAGUCGGGUGGGAGAUCUAGGGGAAACACCCCACUUCCCUAUUCCCACAUCCCUACCGUUCUUGCUGCUCCAAAACCAAGGUAUCGAAAUACUUUAAUAUGUGAGAAAACAUUUUCGGGAACGGAUCCUCUCCAGGUCUACGUUUGACAAGUGGCACGAGUAAACUAUCAGCAGCUCUCUGAAUGUAAUGCUGUAUCUCGUUUCUGGUUUGCUUCCAGGUGUGUAAAUCUGCGUGGCAAUCGUUCUAUUUUAACUUUCCAACGUUCCUUUCGCUAGUGCAUCAUUUCCAACAAUUGACUUAAAACUAAAGUUAAUAAUCGGACUCUUUGUCCAUCCACUCAACAGGUCGAGUAUCCCUUACACUAAUGGGAUCUUACGCAGUAACAAAGUACGGUGUGCAAGCAUUUUCAGACGCUCUCAGACGAGAGAUGUAUCCUUGGGGAAUAAAAGUUAGCAUUGUAGAACCCGGUGGAUUCCGUACUGAAAUUACUAACGCACGCUUAGUACAGAGACAGCUCCAAGAAGGCUGGAAUGGAUUGAAUGAUGAACUAAAACAAGAGUAUAUGGAAAAAGGUAACAAUAGCAUCUAUUGCAGAACUGCAGUGGUACAAAAUCUCCAGCUUUCUUCUCCUUCUGCAUGCAUAUGAAAAAAUAAAUAGGAGGUGCACGUCAGUAGAAAUAGAGAUUAACUACUGACUGGGUUAAGACCUUCCAUACUACCGAAUCAAGAAAGAGUAUUUCUACAUCUAUGAAUAGAGGUGCUGAGUAAAAGGUAGUUUAAAGGGGCUCUUUGAGACAAUUUUAUGUGAGUUUAUUCAUUUCAGUCGCGGUAGUAUGCACAGAACAGAACAGCAUCAUUAUGAAAAUUAGAUUAAAAAAAAACACAUUUCAAAUAGAGAUUUCGUACGCUUUUACAUUACAUCUGAACUUCACCCAGCUCGCCUACGGACCCAGCCAUAGGGAAGGGUCUAAAAUUUUAGCGACCGGGUCUGUCAAGGGAGCUACACUCCAUAGACUGGGGAAAGUUAAGCAUCACUUGACCACACCGAUAAGAGAUGUCCAGCUCUGAGAAGCAGGUCUUAAAACUAUUAGACUGAUUCUUCAAUCUUUCAGCUGAAAGCACUUUUACGGUUAAAAAAAGAUGAAACGUUGAAUUAUGAAAUAUAGAUUUGCCUACCACUGUUCUUCUUUUAGGUAUUAAAUUGUUUCUUCCAAUGCGACCUUCACCUCAUACCUAUAAAAUUGUCGACGGCGUUGUCGAAGCUUUGACGUCAGAGUCACCACGUGACCGAUACUUGAUUGGUUUGGACACCCCGGUUUACGCGUGGUUGGCAAGGUUACCAGCUGUUUACGGAGAUGUCAUAAUCCAGCUUUUAUCUAUUACGCUUCCACUGCCACCGAAAAUUACAAAAAUAAAGCUGUAAAAUAAGUCAGCAGUGAACUGAGCGGCAAUCAACGCUCUUUCUUGAUAUUUUGAACUGAAUUUGAAGCAUCGAAAGGCUCGGAACUGGAAAAUAAAAUCAAAUACUCAAAGAGUCACUGAAAAGCUCGUUAUCCUCAGUUGCGAGAUUGCCAAAUUGCAAGUUCUUGUCAAUCACCUACGUUCACGACAAUCCACGAUGUGAAAACGGUUCACGAUUUUAGUUCUAUGGUUAGUCACAGAAGCUUAUAACCUGUAGGUCAUAAGCUUCUGCCUGUAACCGUUAGCGUUUGUAUCUGCAAUUGCAAGGCUAAGUAUGCUUACACGUUUUUACUCUAAACAUGUUUGCCAUACUUCUUUUUCAAAGUCAGGAAUUCACGAACAAUUUUUUCUAUUUUAAGCCAUCAUAAAUUGAUACUCCGGUGUUCAAAUGGUGCUUUCAAGAUAUUUCAGACUUCUCGUUGUCAUUUUCAUUUAGUGGUUUUGAUCAGCACUUUAGGAGUACUACUGUAUUUUAACCCUUUAACUCCUAAGAUUUCAUUAGUAAUUCUCCUCACUGCCUGCCAUACAAUUUAUGUGAUGUUAGUUUGGAGAAUUUGGAAUUGGAUCAACCACUAAUUCCCUAAUUGAUAUUUUUCUUUAUUCUCAUUACUUGUCUGCUUGAGAUCAAACUGAUAAUAUAAGGAGAAAUUCUGUCUAGGUCACUAGUGGGAUUUAAAGUGUUAACAAAAUAUAGCUCUUUGUGUUGAUCAAUUUAUUGCCUGGGUCAGCUGGGUAACAAAGUUUUUUACCUUUUUAACCGGGAGUAAGGCUCUUAUCAAGUAUGGAAAUUGAAUUUAUAUUUACAUCCACAAGGCUUGAAGACUGUGAAAUAUUAUAAUUGUUUGUUUGUGUGAGUGUGAUGUCUGUAUAGUUUGUGUAUAAUGACCAUAUGAUACCUGUACCUCUGCUAUAAAAGUUUAAUUAAUAAUAACUUAAUCCAGCUCCCUGUCAUUUCUAGCAGAAUAGUUACUCUAGUUGGUCGGUAUCCUCUGAUUAUCAUUAUUAAUCAUCAAUUGUUACAUAUUGUUAAAAGUUGAUGUAGGGUACAAUAAAGUUAUUGU